GAGGAAGAGGAGGAGGAGGACGACGACGACGACGACGGGGGCACCGGCUACGAGGCCAUGAUGGACGACCAGAACCACAACAGCUGGGAGGCGGCCGCCGACGGCGGUUACCGGCAGCCGCCCGCCCCGCCCGCCGGCCCCUGCCCUCGGUCGCCGCCCCGGUCCCGGGGCUCCCCCGCCCUGGCCCCGGCCCCGGCCCCGGCCCCGGCCCGCCUCCCGCCGCCGCCGCCCCCCGAGCCCGGCGCCCUCCUCAUGUUGCUGAGGCCCCGCGAGCCGGCCGACGCCCACGCCAAGGAGGCCGCCGCCGCCCCCCCGCCGCCCGGCGCCCCCAUCAACCUCCCCAGCUCCACGUCCAAGUUCUUAAUGAAUGUUAUAACCAUUGAAGACUAUAAGAGCACAUAUUGGCCAAAAUUGGAUGGUGCCAUAGAUCAGCUUUUAACUCAGAGUCCUGGUGACUACAUCCCUAUAUCCUAUGAACAGAUUUACAGUUGUGUGUAUAAAUGCGUAUGCCAGCAACACUCAGAGCAGAUGUAUAGUGAUCUGAUAAAGAAGAUAACUAACCACUUAGAGAGAGUCUCAAAGGAGCUGCAGGCCAGCCCUCCAGAUCUCUAUAUCGAAAGAUUUAACAUAGCUCUUGGACAAUAUAUGGGAGCAUUGCAGAGCAUUGUGCCUCUUUUCAUAUAUAUGAAUAAAUUUUACAUAGAAACAAAGCUUAACAGACACUUAAAAGAUGAUCUUAUAAAGCUGUUUACCGAACAUGUUGCGGAAAAGCACAUUUACAGCCUGAUGCCUUUACUCUUAGAAGCCCAGUCAACUCCGUUUCAGAUAACACCUUCAACUAUGGCAAAUAUUGUGAAAGGCUUGUAUACACUUAGACCAGAAUGGGUUCAGAUGGCACCAGCUUUAUUUUCUAAAUUCAUCCCAAACAUUCUGCCCCCUGCCAUGGAAUCUGAGCUUCAGGAAUAUGCUGCCCAAGACCAGAAACUUCAAAGAGAGCUUAUGCAGAAUGGCUUCAUGAGAGGCGAUCAGUCACGUAAAAGAGCCGGAGAAGAGUUAGCUUAUAAUGGCUCAUCAGCCUGUGCAAGCUCCAGAGGGUACAGAUAAUGAACGCCCCAGCCGUGCCUGUAUCCCGAAAAAGAAAAACCGCCAGAGGAGCGCAGACUGAUUGAAUCCCGAGCCCCGUUUGGGCCCCGUGAAUCCUCAGGAGCUCCGUCACCACGAUGUUCUCGGAAGAAAGAAGAGUUCAUCAGACUCCGUAAUCUGUUUUGUAGUAAAACAGGCAGAUGCUGCUAGACUUGAGGAUAAUUCUGAAAGAUGACGGUCUUUCAACCAGUUUUAACUUCCGAUUCCGUGAGGAGCGGGCGUCUUGAGAAAUGGCCGUUGCUAAGUCAAAAUCGGCAGCCAAAAUCAGCAGCUUCCUCCAAAAAUGUUAGAGCGGGAGAACUGUUUUUUGCACUUGUUUGUUCGUUUUUUCCUCUGUGGAAGUUCUCUAACCCAUCUGCGCAUUUAUUUUAAAUGUCAAGGGAUUUUCCAGAAGCUUUUGCUUAAAAUUUUACAAUCAGUAUUUUUUUUUUCCAUCCCAUAACCGAGAGUUGGUCCAUCAUGUAGAGUUAGACAUUCGGUUGAAAGAAACUACUUUCUGCUUUCUCAUGGUUUUUCUUAAUAUUUCUUAUCGUCGGUUCACAUUUUUCUACUCCGUGCCUUGAGCCCUGUGCACUUUGUGAUUUUUCCAGACCAGGUAUUCAAAUGAAAUGUUCGUGAAGAAGCUCACCGUGAGGUGAACAGACUGGGACGGCACAAACUGGUUUUGAAUCAACAGGACACUAAUCGAAGAACAGUAACCUGCGUUUGAAAUGAAUUGAUCCGAUUUCAGCCUUUCCGUGUAAAAGCAUUCUUAACUUUGGGACCAACUCUGGUAGAAUUUUUUUACCUCCUCCAUCACACUCUAGUGGUAGGAUCAGCCUUUGUAAUGAUUGUAAUACCCACUGUUGAUUUCACAAUUAAAUCUAGCUCCACCAUUAAAAAAAAGAAUUAUGAUAGAUGCCACACUCAAGUUUCUGUGCUAGAGACCCAUCUUUAAUCCAAUAGCUGUGGGAAAAAUUCAGGUAGAAUCAGUGUUGUGGGGUUCCGGACCCAUUUCCUUUUACCUGGGUGGGGAAUGUAUUUGAAAGCAGCAAUUUGAUUGCCGCCUUUUUUUAUUCUGAAGUCAUUGGAGAAAAAAGCUCUGCGAAAUUCCAAGGACCUUUCAAAGAUAAAAGCAAAACUACGUUUUCUGCUCAGAUACAUAUAAUGCUCUUUAUCUUCUGACUGAAUUAUCUUAAAGCUUAUUUGAGGUGUUGGGGGAUGCAAGGAAAUGGAAAAUAGGACCGUGCCAGGGGGAAAAAACAUUUUUCUUCCAUGAGGUUCUGUGAAAAAUGGUAGUAUUUAGCCACUCGACUUAUGGGGCUAACUAUCAAGCCAACGUUUGCGUCUUUAGAAGAUCUGGGGUGGAAAAGAGAGAAAUGAAAAGAUCACAUACACUUGGUCAUCUUGCUUUGUUUUGCAUCACAUCUUUGCCAGAUCCAUUUUGUCUUUUCCAAUAAUUUUUUGUUUGUCUUAUUUUCUUGAGAGGGGAGGCUAGAGGAGGUGGGAAAGGGCACCCCACAAGCAGUUCAGCCCUAACUUGGAGAUGUUCUCUAGGUUCAGUGGAGAGGGAAGCAACCAUUGAACAGCUCCAGUAUGUUUCCAAAUACCUGGUUUUCUCAAUGUUUUUCAGCAGAGAUUAUAUAGAGUCCUCUGGCAGUAUCCACUUAUACAAUAAUCUGUUCGUUGUGAGAGCCAGUAUUGAUUACCGAAAUAACAUAUCCAGGACGUAAAUUGUGAUCUGUAAAAUUUGAUUUCCCACAUCAAUAGUAUUCUAUUUGAACUAAGAAGUGAGACACUCGGAUGAAUCAGGCAGUUAGAAUUUUAUUUUGCUUAAACAGUUUCAAGAGAGCUUGUAAAUACUCAAUGGAACUGAGGUCUCACAUCUGGGACACUGGAUACGGUUUAUUCUUAAUUAUGGUAUCACAUUUAGGAGAAAAGCUUUUGAUCUUUCUAUAUAAGAAGGAAACAGACAUUCCUUUUUGUAUGGGCAGUAUUUGAAAUCCCAUGAAAUACCCAAAUGCUUUUCCCGUGGUAUGGCAUUCUUGCUUGUCCUUGUUCAGUAAUUCAAGAAUCCCUCCCCUUGUAAAAAUCAUUGUAUUACUUUGUGAAUUGGCAUUAAAAUUUCAGAAUGCUUUGGCAUUAUUGAUGAUGCCGAGGUAA